UGUUGAUCGUCGUUUUUGAGAUCGUCGUGCUUUGCCUUACGCUCUAUAAAGUGCUCGGUUGGUAUCGUGGUAUGGUACCAAGUGCCAGAUCUCCUCUACUAGAUAUACUUUGGCAAGAUGGCAUAAUGUACUUUAUAGUACUACUAGCGACCAGCUUGAUAAAUAUUUUCCUCAUUCUGGAACAACCAACACCGCAAAUUGGAAUUGCUUCAAUGGACCUACAAACAUGCUUGCACAGUAUGUUGUCGACGAGGAGUGUGUUACAUCUCGCGUCGUUGAACCCCAAUGUGGAAGACAUCAGUUCUAUUCACACUUGUGCUACUACCGCAAAUUUUACGACAAAUAUAGACUUUGUUGAGGUCGGGGCGCAGGGGCAGAGCGAAAGUGACAUGAGUAAUCACGUAGAGAUGUUACCCCAGUGCUAGUAUUGGGUGUAGAUUUGUGUGCUACUUUGAGGGCGGUUGCCGGGAUUUAUGAGAAAACGAGCCCACUGUACAACAUUUUUACUGAUGAUAGCGCUUGUAAUUGGCAUUUUGGCAUUUGGGUCAGCGUC